AUGCAGGAAGCAAAGCCUGUCCCGAAGUUCGCCAGCUUCAAGGCGAAGCCAGCCCCACCGAUCGAAGAUGUGAAAAAAUCGCGUCGCACGGAGGACGAACAUCGGGACGAAAGAAGCCGACAUCGAUCGAGACAUAACAGUCAUCGCCAUCGCUCGCAAUCUCGAGAUAGAGAUUCCAGUCGCAGAUCACAUAGAGAAGAAAGACCAACUCGGAAAGUUUCUCCAGCGCCGCUUCCUACCAAAGAUGAAUCGCAGGACAUUUACACAAUCGACCGGAAGGGCGACAUACACAAUGUGGUCUACGGGACAAUCCAUCGAUACAGUAUACCUCAAUAUCGCCGUGCAGGACGCGGUAGCAUUGUCGGCCUGCCUUCGCGAUUCAGGAUUGAUCGCGCCUACGACGGAGAGGACUAUAUAGUAAUCCGGACUGGUGGUUGGAUUCCCGAUGGAGCACGCCACAAAACGAAAAGCGUACUUGCAAAGACAGACACAAAAGAGAGAAACAUCUUUCGAGUUCGGCAGAAGUUCAUCCCGGAUAACGAAGAUGACGUUUUGAAAGGCUUCAUUCCACUCAGUCAUGACGGAAGCCGAAAAAGGCGGAAGACGUCGGGUGGAUAUGUUUCUAGUGACGUUUCUGAUGAUGAAGCUGAGAAGUACGGAUAUCGGUCGAUCCAUGGAAAAGCGAAACCUGAAGAAGAUGUUCCGAGCGACAUGGAAGCAUCUUUGGAGUCGGAUACAGGCGAUGAAGGUAGUGCGUUGAAAUGGGAUCGAGAGGCGAAUAAAAAGAACUCGGAACUUUUGCGGCGGGCUGAAGAUAAACCUGGGGACGUUGAUACCUGGCUCGAAGUGAUCGAUUAUCAAGAUAUUCUUCUGACCGGGUCGGAUAGCACCCGACAGCUGACCGCAGCUGAGAAACGUAGUCUUGCCGACAUAAAGAUAUCACUCUAUGAGAAAGCGUUGAAGAAGGUUGGAAAACAUUCUGAGAAGGACCGCUUACUCUUGGGGUACUUGCAGGAGGGGGCUACUCUAUGGGAAUCGAAGAGACUGACCGAACAAUGGCAUACUAUCCUGAAACACAAUCCAGGAUACAUUAAUUUAUGGGUUCGUUACAUAGACUUUCGACAGACGGCGUUUCUUGAAUUUAGCUUUGAGCGAUGCAAGAGUGUUUAUCUGGAAUGCAUGAAUCUGAACGCAUCGAGUGAAAAUAACGCUGAGCAAGAAGCCAUUCAGGCGUAUCUCUUCUUGCGCCUGACGUUAUUCAUGCGCGAAGCAGGCUAUUCUGAACUCAGUGUUGGCCUCUGGCAGGCUGUUCUUGAAUUCACAUUGUUCCGUCCCGAGACAUAUUCGACCGCCGCCAAAGCCGAUAUUCUGGCCGCCUUCACUGGCUUUUGGGAGUCGGAAGUUGCACGUAUCGGAGAGCCUGGCUCGAAAGGUUGGAAAAGUAACAAAAGCUCCGAUCUGGAGUUCGUUACGGAUCAUGCCCAGACACAACUCAAGGUUGAAGAGUUAUUCUCAUCAUGGAGUACUGAAGAGCGACGGUUGAGUUGUGGUGCCCGCUUACCUGCAAGAACCGUGGACACUGUUGAGAACGAUGACCCGUUUCGUGUAGUCCUGUGGUCAGAUAUUGAACCUUUCCUUUCAUUCUUUUUCAGCUGGAAAGACGAAAGCACGCUGAUCCAGGAAUUCCUGAAAUUCUGUUAUCUGCCUCCUUUGCGCCAAGCUUCUACUUCCAUUUCAGGAGGCAACGCUUUUUUGCGCACCGAGCUAGUUCACAUAUCUGAUUCUUCUAUUGUUACUAUGGUCAACGCUAGUUCUGAAGAAGAGACACAGCCCAACUCUUCCACAGUUUUCAGCACGGCCCCGUUGCAGAAUAUGAUACACUCGGUUGAUACAUUGUUUACGAACGGUAAUUGGGUUCAGUCAAUGUCUUUAUGGAAAGAGAUUAUAAUGCAUGACAAGACCAUAAUUGAUGCCGAAUGGGUUCGGCGGUGUUUGAGACUUCUGGUCGGAGCAUUCUUUCAAAAUGACGAAUUGGCCGAGUUUGCACUGGCUGUUGAGUAUGCAAUAAACCCAACUGAAGGCAAGAAGUAUGCCAAAUCUUUGCUGAAAAAGCGAUCGUCUAGUCUGCGGCUGUAUAAUACCUUCGCUUUGAUGGAGAGCUGCUCUGAUAAUUUCUCGGCGGCUUUGCACGUAUGGGCCACCACAUUUUCCAUGGCUGCAAUCUUGUCCGAGGUGCAAAGAUUGGAGUUUGGUACACUUCUACGCAGCUGGGUGUGGGAAUUUCUGGUCCAAAGUAAACCCGAAUCUGCAAUCCAGGUGUUGAAAUCCAUUCCAGACUUUACUAUCAAUCUAGAAAUUUUGCAACAGGCCAAGCAGAUUGACAUAAGUCCAGCACAGCGCCUGAAGACGCAGCGGUUCUUGAUGGAGUCUUGUGACCACUCACUAUCCCUUCAGAAUCUGGCAUCUUUUACAGCUUGGAUAGAUUUAACGGCCUUACUACACUAUCUCAUAGGAUCGUAUGAUCUAUCAUCCGCUCUGGAAAUUUAUUCCAGUACAUUCAGCCGCCUGGAAACAUCUUCUCUAGUCACGGAGAAUUUCAAAUCUACGGCCUUGGAACUUCUACACCAAUCCCGCUCUCGCCUCAUGUAUCAUCACAUCACGACAAAACGCACCUACAAACCAUCCAUUAUACGCGAGUUGCUCAUCGAAAGCACGACCCUCUUUCCACACAAUACUCUACUCCUCUCAUUAUUCACAUGGAACGAAUCCCGUUUCCGCGUCGAUGAACGUAUACGCAGCGCCAUUGUACCGAAAUCGUCGCCCACAACAGAAAGACCAAUAACGACAUCGCUCCUCAGCAUCCUGGCCGAACUCACGCGCCCAAUCUACACCGGCUCGACUAUCCACUCCGCCCGCGCCGCAUUCGAGCGUGCCUUGCAACCUUCUCCAUCGGGAAAUGCAACACCCUCCCCCUCUCUGUGGAAACUAUACAUCCUCUUCGAACUCCAUCGCGCCAAGGACAUCUCCGCAGCACAGAAAUUAUUCUAUAGGGCUAUGAGGGCUUGUCCCUGGUCAAAGGACUUGCUUAUGCUCGCUUUCCCUUCCGUCCCAUCAAGUGACAACGAAGCAAAGGGGAGAUUGUUUGUCGAUGAUAGCGGUGAAGAAGAUUGGUGGGAACUACGCAGGAUAUACAAUGUUCUUCUUGAUAAGGAGUUGAGGAUACACGUUGAGAUUGAUGAUGACUUGCUUGAAGACGGUGAGAGGAUGUGGAUUGAGAGGGAACAGAGGCGAAUUAAAUCUCGAGGCCGAGACAGUAAACAGAAAGGAAAGGUGAAGAAGACGGGUAAAGGGAGGGAAGUUGUCUACUUACCCGAUGAUGCUGAUACGGAUCAUUCAGUAUGA